AUGGAAAAUUGUAAACCUAUAUCCACUCCGAGUGAUCCAAAUGUCAAACUUUCGAAGGAUUUUGGUUCGAACAAAAAUUCCACAGAGAGCGAACUCAAGCGUAUACCCUAUCAAGAAGCAGUUGGAUGCUUGCUAUAUUUGUCACAAGCCACACGACCAGAUAUUGCGUUCGCUGUAAACGACGUAAGUCGUUUUAAUAGUACUUACAAUUUAGCUCACUGGACAGCAGUAAAGCGAAUUUUUCGAUACCUAAAAGGGACUGCUGAUUUGAAGUUACGUUAUUCCAAAGAAAGCGGCUCAGAUAUAUAUGGUUUUUGCGAUGCUGAUUAUGCCUCAGAUGUUGACAAGAGAAGGUCGUGUACCGGAUACAUCUUUAAAUUAUCGAAUGCCGCAGUGACUUGGCAUAGCAAGCGUCAGCCAACUGUGGCUUUAUCGACAACUGAAGCAGAAUAUUUGUCGAUGUCAGCUGCAGUAAGAGAAGCGCUUUGGCUAAAACAAUUUGUCAAUGAACUCGAUCGUAGUUCUACCAACACCAUACCGAUCAAUUGUGACAAUAUGAGCUCAAUCGAAUUAGCUGAAGUGGAGGGAUUCAGGAAUCGCACCAAGCAUAUUGAUGUUAGGCACCAUCACAUCAGAGACAUGAUUAAUGAGGGUGUCGUAUCAAUUAAAUACAUUCCUUCUGAAGAAAUGGCAGCGGACAACUUGACCAAAGCAGUCCCUAGGGACAAACACCAGUUUUGCGUCAAACAAUGUGGAUUAUGCUGA